UUUGCUGGCUCAAGUGACCUCACGUGUAUCGAUCGAAUCUCAAUGGCAGAAGCUCCCACAGCUCAACAGCAGGAAGUGCUGUCAAAGAAAGCUCAAAAGAAGCAGCUGAAAGAACAAGAGAAAGCGAAGAGAAAGGCCGCAGCUGCAGUGGCUGCCGCAGAGAACGAGCAGAAGGCAACGGAAGAGGAAGGCGAUAUCUCAGUAGGACGGUAUGGUGUAUUACCGAUUGUGCAGUCAUCUGAGAAGACGGAUCGUGUGUGGACUCGGAUAGGUGAUCUGACCGAAGAUCUCGUUGGUUCACGAGUGUUAGUGAGAGCUCGUGUUCACACGACACGUGCCACUGCUAAGCAAUGCUUCAUCCUAUUGAGACAACAGCACUUUACUGUUCAAGGGCUGUUGUAUGUGUCGGACGUUGUUAGUAAGCCAAUGGUAAAGUUUGUUGGAAAUUUGAAUCGAGAAGCAAUUGUUGAUGUUGAAGCGCUUGUAAAAGCAUCGCCAGAGAAAGUGACCAGCUCUACUCAAGAGAACGUCGAGCUGCACAUUGAGACGUUGUUUGUGGUCAGUGAUUCUUUGCCAAAGCUGCCUCUGCAGUUAGACGAUGCAACCAGACAAAGAAAAGGCAGAGACCAACAAGAGGAUAGUGCUAUUGGCUUUGUAAAUCAAGAUGUUCGUCUUGACAACAGAAUCAUCGACUUGAGAACGGUUACCAAUCAGGCCAUCUUUCGACUUCAGGCUGGCGUUUGCCGUCUCUUUCGAGAAUAUCUCACAUCUGAAGGAUUCGUGGAGAUCCAUACACCCAAAAUCAUCUCUGCUGCCAGUGAGGGUGGAGCAAAUGUGUUCGAAGUUUCAUAUUUUAAGGGAAGUGCUUAUCUCGCACAAUCUCCGCAGCUUUACAAGCAAAUGGCUCUUGCUGCUGACUUUGAGAAGGUUUUCACUGUAGGAGCAGUUUUUCGUGCUGAGGACUCAAACACUCAUCGGCAUUUGACUGAAUUUGUUGGUCUUGAUGCUGAAAUGACAUUCAAAGAGCACUACCACGAAGUCUUGGACGUGCUCGACAAAAUGUUUGUUUACAUCUUCAAGGGACUUCGUGACCAGUAUGUGACCGAGAUUGCAACUGUGCACAGACAGUUUCCAGCCGAACCGUUUAAGUUUUUGGAGCCGAGCUUGCGCUUGACGUAUUCGGAGGGAGUCGAGAUGUUGAGAGAAGCUGGUGUAGAAAUGGGGGAUGAAGAGGAUCUGAGCACUCCAUCUGAGAAGCUGCUAGGACGCUUGGUUAAAGAGAAGUACGACACUGACUUCUACAUGCUGGACAAAUAUCCUCUUGCUGUUCGUCCGUUUUAUACGAUGCCAGAUCCUCGUGAUCCGAAACUGUCAAAUUCGUAUGACUUUUUUAUGCGUGGAGAGGAGAUGUUGUCUGGUGCACAACGUAUUCAUGAUGCUGAUUUGUUGACCGAGAGGGCAAAACACCAUAAAAUUGACCUAGAAAAAAUCAAGUCUUACAUCGAUUCGUUUCGAUUCGGUUGUCCUCCACAUGGCGGCGGAGGAAUAGGUCUUGAAAGAGUAUUGAUGUUCUACUUGGGCUUAGACAACAUUCGCAAGACGUCUAUGUUCCCUCGUGAUCCAAAACGUAUCACUCCAUAGGAAGAUGCACAUGAACUGUUUUUGCCUCUGGUGACAGUGAGAUUGCGACGAGACUGCGUUUCGCUAUAGUUUUCUCAGUGUGGUGAUAUGGUAUUGCUGUGUGCUCAAUUAACACGUUAUAGCAAUGAACAUGAAAGUCUUUACACGGUUGAG